CGGCUGCGGCUGGGAACUCAGCUCCGUGGAGAAACGAGAAGCUUAGGUCAUCGUAGUGGGGAGGAUUGGUGAGGGACAGUAGGAAUCCUGCCCCUGCCUUCCGGGAGCGCUUUCCCGCCUGCCAAGCGCCCUGCACAGGUGGCAUGGCCUCCCUGCCCAUUCGAAACCCUGGGGACCCCGACUCGUCUUCUGGGCUGCCGCCGGCGGCAACAAUUUCAGCCAACCAAAGCGCAGAGGCCUCAGUGGGCAACGAGUCGACAGCGGGCUCGGGCGUCCAGGCCCUCACGCCCUUCCAGAGCCUGCAGCUGGUCCAUCAACUCAAGGGGUUGAUCGUGCUGCUCUACAGCGCCGUGGUGGUCGUGGGGCUGGUGGGCAACUGCCUGCUGGUGCUGGUGAUCGCGCGGGUGCGCCGGCUGCACAACGUGACCAACUUCCUCAUCGGCAACCUGGCCUUGUCCGACGUGCUCAUGUGCGCCGCCUGCGUGCCGCUCACGCUGGCCUACGCUUUCGAGCCACGUGGCUGGGUGUUCGGCGGCGGCUUGUGCCACCUGGUCUUCUUCUUGCAGCCCGUCACCGUCUACGUGUCGGUGUUCACGCUGACCACGAUCGCCGUGGACCGCUACGUCGUGCUGGCCCACCCGCUGCGGCGCCGCAUCUCGCUGCGCUCCAGCGCCUACGCGGUGCUGGCGAUCUGGGCGCUGUCCGCGGUGCUGGCGCUGCCGGCCGCCCUGCACACCUUCCACGUCGAGCUCAAGCCCCACGACGUGCGCCUCUGCGAGGAGUUCUGGGGUGCUCAGGAGCGCCAGCGCCAGCUCUACGCCUGGGGGCUGCUGCUUGGCACCUACCUGCUCCCCCUGCUGGUCAUCCUCCUGUCCUACGUGCGGGUGUCUGUGAAGCUCCGGAACCGCGUGGUGCCGGGCUGCGUGACCCAGAGCCAGGCCGACUGGGACCGCGCGCGCCGCCGCCGCACCUUCUGCUUGCUGGUGGUUGUCGUGGUGGUGUUCGCCGUCUGCUGGCUGCCGCUGCACGUCUUCAACCUGCUGCGGGACCUCGACCCGCGCGCCAUAGACCCCUACGCCUUCGGGCUGGUGCAGCUGCUGUGCCACUGGCUCGCCAUGAGCUCGGCCUGCUACAACCCCUUCAUCUACGCCUGGCUGCACGACAGCUUCCGCGAGGAGCUGCGCAAGCUGUUGCUCACCUGGCCCCGGAAGAUCGCGCCCCACGGACAAAGCAUGACCGUCAGCGUGAUCAUUUGAUACUGGGGUGCCAGACCUGGCUUGGGGAACUUCCCGUGCGCUGGCCUCAGAGGUCGGACUAGAGUCCGGAUUCCCAGCACCAGAGUUAAAACAGCACGGGGCAGGGCUUCCAGCCCAGCCCUCUUGUCGGUCUCCUUCUUGUGUCUUUGUAAAAUGUUAAGUGGGCUUUGGUGUGGAAGAGGCCAGGGAGAGGGAAGAGGAUUUGUGAUUUCUUCUUCAUGCCCUAGAAAGCCAAACAAAUCCUCCCUCGGAAGGAUUUGGUUCUAGUGCUUGCUAUCUUUUCCACUUGCUCAGUGGUAAUAAAGGAACACUGUGGGUGGGAUUUAAAACCUCGGUGUUGGGCUGGUUAGUGAUUUUCAGUUUACCCUUUUAAAGGGACUCAGCUGAGAUAUAACACCUGACAUUGUGUUGCUAACUUGAACCCCUGCAUCUCUAGGAUUUUAGGUAAAUAUGUAUUACAAAUCAUAUCUAGGGUUUCAGCACUUUGUGAAUAAGACCUUUGGGCACCAAAAGUGUUUUAGAGUUAAGACUGAUUGAAUUUACAAGACCAAAGCCACUUACAAACUGCCUUUUAAAAGGCCUUGCUUUUGUUUUCCCUCUUCUCUCCCCCUAUCUACCACUUUAAUAUGAUGAGAUGAAUUAGUCAAUGAAUAAAUAGCUAAAGGGGAAAAGGCUCAAUUCACUUAGGGGAGUUUUAACUGUACAUAAAGACAGACAUGCUAUGUGUGUGCGUGUGUAUGUGUGUGCAUGCAGCCCAUAUUUGUCACAAGGUAGCCUCACAUAUUUGAUUUUCUGAAUGCUCAAUGUAAGCUGUGGGCCACUGCAUUCUCCUGUAUCCUCUAAGUGCUCAAUUGCAACAGAUCAGCAGCUGUCAUCUGACGGCUCAGCACCUUCUCUUUGGAGACAUCCAGAAAAUAUCAACCCAGAAUACAAGGACUGGGAGUUUAUGUAAGGACAGCAUAAAAACAUACAAUGCAACCCACAAGAUUACUAGGUCCAGCAUUAAUUGCUGUCAGGGUUAAGGGAACAGAUGAAGACUCUUGGGCAUACACAAGGCUUAUAAUCAUCACUUUAGGCUGUUAGAAGUAUGGUUCAUGAAGACAACAACUCUGGGACAGGGUCUCCAUGAUGAAUGCUGGAACAGCAACUGAGGCAGCCAGGACAGGAGCCUUGGGAACUGACACACAAUAUCCAGAUGUCAGAUCAGCCCUGUGGGGCAUGAACUAGGGUCUGCAGCAACUCAGCACCAUCUGUAGGGUUCCAGUGCUCCCCUGGCUCACUAAAUAGAAAAAACAGGGUCUCCCUUCCUUUUAUUUCUACUGACUUAAGAUAGGAGUUCAUUCACACAUUAAAGCGCUCUGAAAUGCAAGGAAAGGGGACAGUACUGGAAUGACAAGGAUUUCUGUUAGACCAAUGUCAACUAUGACGAUAGAGCGAGGGUUCUUGAUUGGCAGCCAUGAGUCUUUAAUCAUUACAGGGUAAGGCUUUUUGUAGUGUGGAGAAGAGCACAGGAUUGGGAGAAAAGACAAGGCAAAUUCAGGUAGGAGAUGGAAAUAACCUCUGGCGAUAGCACUACACUGAUUUUGAAUUUCAUCUAUAGACUAGAGAACUCUCAUUAUGCAGCCCAUCCCCACAGCAUAAUAGCACAGCAUUAAGUCUCCUGUCUUCACAUGAGCUCUUCUCCUAGGCAUCUCAGGGACUGGGUCCUGUGUUCCCAAGCACCUGUUGAUUGGGAGGUUCAAAGCCAGAGCAUUUUUUUGAUAAGUACUUGUGCAGAGUGUAGGGGAUAGGAGAAAAGAAUUGAAUAAAUCAGAGAGAGAUUUGAUUAAUUUUGGUAUAAUUGUUGGGAGGUUUAAAUCACUGAUUCUCAGUCCUGGUUACUCUUAGAACCACCCGGAGAACUUUACAAAACAUUGAUGCCCAGUCCUUUCCCCAGAAAGUCUAAUUUAUUUUCCCUGGGCAUCCACAUUUUUUCAAAGCACUUUCAGUGAUUUUAUCAUGCAUUCAAAAUUUAGCACUUUAAGAAGAAUCCUCUUUUCUAAUGCAUCUGAAGGAAGCUUCAGUUGUACCUGCCAAAGUUAAGAUCUUGGAGUUCAACUUGACACCGAAUUGCAUGCCAAACUUGGAGGAUACAUCUUCACUUUUCAGACAACACCUAAUCUGUCACAGAAAGGGAAAUUCUUGUAAUCAGAAGAUAUAGGCGUUAAUUCAAGUUUCCUCACCUAUUUCCUUUGUAAGAUG